ACAGAGGACGGGACUGAGGGCAAUCAGAACAUAAACGUAGCCCCAGAGGACAGUUUGAAGAGAGGAGGUCCGAAGAAGCUGUUCAAAUGGAACGAGGAGAUCAGGGAGUGUCUGUGUCAUGUGUUGAGGCCGAAAAUGGACAGAUAUGAAAAGGAGAAGAACGGGAACCAGGAGGUGGAGGAGUACCUCAAGACCCUGCUGGACAAUGAGGUGAAACCUCUUUGGCCGAAGGGUUGGAUGCAAACUAGGGCACUGAUACGGGAGAGCAGGAAACUAUUAGGCUUCUUCCCUUCAUUGCCAAUAAAGAAGACCAGACCAGAUAAGAAGCAGUCGUCCAUCUGCGGUGCCUCCACAGUGUUGGACGUUCUCCAGGGAGCUCCACCACAGAAAGUAGAACUCCCCCAAGACUCGGAUGUCUUUCCUGAAGCCUCAAAUAUUUCCAGCUCUAUCUCACUUGAUGUUGGGAAGAAGGCAGCUGCUCCCUUGAAAAGUAUUGAGGCUAAAAAAGGAGGCGUGGUGACUGUGGUUGCCGGUUCUUCUACGCCCGCAGAGUCCGGUGAACCCCCGGUCAGCGGCGCCUCUGCUGCUCCGGCUCAUUCACUCCUGGAUCUCCUUGCUGAUCAGGCCUUGGCUCGAGAGCAACCUCUCGCGAUCUCCCAGGAGAUCCUGGCAGCGGCCAUCGCAAAGUACCGGCGGUCGGGUCAGCACUGGAGCUACGCGGUGGACACUAAAAGACCGCCUCCACCCCCCCAGUCCAGCCCGGUUAACUUCCCGGUGAGCAGGGUGUGUCAGGUCAUUCUGCCCCAGCCGGGAGACUUCACCAGGAAUUUGGAUGUGCAGAUAAUUUCUGAUGACUCUUGCAUCACCAUACAAUGACUCCUCCCAAUGCUGGUUUACUCACAGUAAGUUGUUGUCGUCAUGUUCAAUCUGUAGUUCUCAGUUGAGGAGUUAUCGUUCUAUCGUUUGUUAGUUGUGUUUUGGAAUAAAAGAAUACUCUACUACUUUUCUUACCUUGAAAAGAUAAGUUGCACUUUUACCAGUAAAAACACAACUGAACUCUAAAGACCUGACGUUUCCUCAGUGAGCCACUGAUGGCUAUCACCCUUGACUUGUGUUUGAAAUGUAAAUGAUUUACUUUGAAAUAAUAAAGAGAUUGCAUAUAUAA